AUGCAAGGAGACGUAAUGGAAGCAGCAGCCGCAGUGCUUUCUUGCCAGGGCCCAGUUAUCCAACCGCCACCAGCAGACGUGCCGGUUGUGGACCAGGCUGCGGUGCACUUGCGCGACGUGAGCGGCAGUCUGGGCAAACGGAGGCAUGUGCUGACAUGUGCGGCUGAUGUCGCACAGAAGGAGGCGCGCACCAGGCAGGAAGACCCCUCACCAUCGAGGUCGGGCGCCCCCGUACAUGGCCCAAAGCUCACCGGGGCUGCUUCGCAAUCCGAAGAGCCGUCUUCUCCAGGCCCCUCAAACGCUGCAGCGCGGGCCCUCUUGGCACUCACCGGGGACCCAGCGGCGCGGGGCAACACAACUCGCGAUCGUGUAUGGAGCACGUCUGGAAAGCUGGGGUUAGAGGAGCAGCCGAUCAAGCAGAUUGAUGCGGAGAAGCCUGUCGACAAGGACUCGGGACCUGAGUCGGGAGCAAGCUGCGCUCCCGCACCCCUGCGGCCACCCGUUGAAGAUCCACCUGAGCAACACGAAGUGCCGCAGAUUCUCCUUCUCCCCGACCGGACCGGCAUCAGGUUCGGUGAGAUGUUGGGAAGUGGAAGCUUUGGGGCUGUUUACGAGGCGUCCCUGGAGGGGAACCAUUGGCCGAAUUGGCUUCUUGAGAAGAGCGUCGUGGUUAAAGUACUCCACAGCAGUGCUACUGGGGGCAGAAUCGAUCGACGUAGUUAUGACGAGUUCAUCCUCGGUUCGGUUCGCCACCCUUCUCUGGUCGGCUGCCUUGGGUUCACGCAGUCGCUUCCGGUGUGCGCCCUGUUUGAGCGGUGUAAUCGGGGCUCACUGUGGGAAGUUUUGCAAGGCAGCAAAAGGUUGGAGGACAAAGUCCGCCAUCUCGAGGCGAUCAGAAGCAAAGUGGUCCGACCUGGUGUGACCGCUGCACAAGUCAUAUUGUAG